AUGGUCUGGGCUAAGGCAUUUCUAAAGACACUCUACGUCGCUGACCUUUUCUUCAUGGCGACCAUCAGCUUUGUUAAACUGUCGGUACUCGCCUUCCUGCACGGUCUCUUCAAGAUUUCCAGAAUAUACCGCAUCUUGAACUAUGUGACAGCCGGCCUCUGCGUUGCUUGGUUCCUCAUCGUUCUAUUCGUCAACAUAUUCCAGUGUCAUCCCAUUCACAUGUUGUGGGAUGCGAUGGGGGCUGCGGAAUACUGCAUUGCCAGUGGUCGGCUUUGGUUGGGGAUGGAGCUCACGAACCUGUUCCUCGACGUUAUGAUCUUGUUUCUGCCUGUGUAUGUGGUGACGAGGCUGCAGCUCAGUCGCACGCGCAAGAUCCAGGUUACCGGUAUAUUCCUGUUGGGUGGACUAGUCUGCAUUGCCAGUAUCUGCAAGCUCUCCUAUCUGUGGAUUCCAGCCACGCCGCAGGUGGUCCGGGCCCCCGAGACAAUGGUCUGGUCAUCAGUUCAGCUGGGUGUGGCCACGCUCUGCGCAUGUCUGCCAACCUACGCCCCAUUAUUCCGAGUGGCACGGGGAAAGAUGUCUACGGGGAAGUCGCCCUCGCCACCGUAUCCCUACGGAAGCGACAACACGCCGCGCAAUGCUCCGGCAGACGGAAAUCACGCGCGGGGAUGGCGAGUCGUACAAGAUGGACCAGCUCGGCCCCUGCCACAUCUACGUGAAGCAGAGUGUAGACGUUGA